AUGAACUCAAAUAGAGAUAGGUUGUCGUUAACUCUAUUGGCAAUGUCUAUGAUUUUAUCUGCCUCUGUGGUCCGUGUGAGGGAUGGACUCCCACUGUCUGCAUCUACUGAUUAUGACCAGAGCACGGGAAUGCAAGAAUGUAGAAAAUAUUUUAAAAUGCUCUCAAAGAAACUUUCUCAGCUUCCUGAUAGAUGUACUCUGAAAACUGGGCAGUAUAAUAUAAACUUUAUAAGUUCUCUGGGAGUAAGCUAUAUGAUGUUGUGCACUGAAAAUUAUCCCAGUGUCUUGGCUUUCUGCUUCCUGGAUGAGCUUCAGAAAGAGUUCAUCACUACCUACAAUAUGAUGAAGACAAAUACUGCUGUCAGACCAUACUGUUUUAUAGAGUUUGAUAAUUUCAUUCAGAGGACCAAACAGAGAUAUAACAACACACGUUCUUUGUCAACAAAGAUGAAUCUUGCUGACAUGCAGACAGAAAUCAAACUGAGACCACCUUAUCAAAUUUCUGUGUCAGAACUUGGUUCAGCUAAUGGGUUCACACAUUUAUCUGUGGCGGAAUAUAAGGGUACUGGUAAGAUAUCUGCAG